ACGCGUAUUAUCAUUCACCAUCAUCCUCCUCCUCUUGCUAAGCAAAAAGGAGUGAUUUUUGUAAAAUAUAUUCACUCCUUUCGCAUCAAUCAUCCGCGCGCUAGCUGUAGUUAUUAGAGAAAAAUCAGUUUAAUUUCGAGAGUGAAAUACGAAUACCUGAAGAUAGUAGCAAGAAAAGUUGUUUUUGGAAGCUCGUUUUUGUUGGACGUAGCAUCUCGUCGGUCUCAAAAUACGCCAUAAAAAGUUGAAGGUGCUGCAGCAGAAGGAGCGACGUACAAAAAUCGAUCAUCUUUGAACAGUUACUACCUAGCUACUAAGUGCUCUGUUGCCCUGGAAGUGAUCCAGGAGAGAGGUGUUCGGUGUAUUAGAAUUGCAGAUUUUAAAAUCGUCUUUGUGAUAUUGAUCAGCUUUUAGUUAUAUAAGAAGGAAACGAGUUAGGUUCAAAGUUUUAAAGAAUUUUGUAAUAUUUAGUCACAAAAUGUCUGGAAAAAGUAUUAUGAAUAAAUUUGUGAUACGGAACAUUGUCCAGAUGGUGGUCAACUGUUCGUACGUUUGCGUGUUUUACCUAAUGCUGAUGAGUUUACUGGACACGGCGGGAGUAGGCGCGAACAAGCUACCCGAAGAGGACAUAUCGAUGGUGACGGAGGUGAACAAUGCAGAUAUUGGAAGCAGUGGUGCACCCGGGGAGAAGAAAUCCGGGGGUUUCUUCAGUUCCGACGUUGGCUUCGUGCACGCCUUCGUUGCUUCUUUCUCGGUCAUCAUUGUGUCGGAACUGGGCGAUAAGACAUUCUUCAUCGCUGCCAUCAUGGCCAUGCGGCAUCCCCGGCUGACGGUGUUCGCCGGAGCGAUCGCCGCCCUGGCCCUGAUGACGGUUCUGUCGGCCGUUUUCGGCAUGGCAGCCACCAUUAUCCCGCGGGUGUACACCUACUACAUUUCGACGGCUCUGUUUGCACUGUUCGGACUGAAGAUGCUCAAGGAUGGCUACUACAUGUCCUCGACGGAGGCAGCCGAAGAGCUGGAAGAAGUGCAAUCCGAUCUCAGAAAACGAGAGGACGAGUUGAUACGCUCGAUGAACGGCAACCGCAAGGAAACGGUCGAGCUGGUUCCUCUCAACGACCAAACCAGUAGCAAGGCCCUCUCGUCGCCGGAUCGUACCGUCGGUGGAAGCACCAUGAAUGGGUCACUCCAUUCGCUCGUCUCGAAUGGUCAUCACGAUCUGCCAGCGGCAAAGACGCACCACUUGCCGACGAUUCGCAUGUCCGCAUCGGCAUCGCAGCUGCAAGCAUCGAAUCAUCAUCUCCCCAGUCAUCAUCAACAUCAUCUCAGUGAUAGUAGUAGUAGUAUUAAUAGAAGUAAGCAUGGAUCGUCGAAAAGUCUUGCCGUGACGAUGGGUGAACAAACCGAGCAACGCCAGCGGACACGGUCCGGCAUCGUGGCCAACGGAGGAAUCAAUGCGACCGGUGCGGGCACCGGCGCCAAUGGAACCAUCGCCACGGGACUGACCGAUGGCGGUGAUACUGCUGCGGUUGGCUCAACCGGGUCUAUCAACCAAAGCAAACGGCUGGAGCGUGAAACGACGGCUACCGUCGUCCAGGAUGCCGAAACGGGCGUAAUCCGCAAGAAUAAAAAAAGUAGUGCGUGGAAUCUUUUGCUAAGAAUCUUAAUGCAGGCCUUCACGAUGACCUUCCUGGCCGAAUGGGGCGACCGGUCCCAACUGACCACGAUCAUCCUGAGUGCUCGCGAAAAUGUAUACGGUGUCAUCCUCGGUGGCAUCAUUGGCCAUGCGAUCUGUACCGGGUUGGCCGUGAUAGGAGGUCGGAUGAUUGCGCAGAAAAUCUCCGUCAGAACUGUGACUCUCAUUGGUGGUGUCGUUUUCCUACUGUUUGCUGUUAGUGCACUGUUCUUCAGUCCAGAGGAGGAACCGGUCAAAGUGUCGCCUUAACGUGAAUGAUUGAUAACCCCAGCCGAAAACUGACCAUUCUUAGCCGUACCGUAUUUACUUUAGUUAGGCAAGAUUUGUUUUUAUCACAGGCACCCACCCUCACAGACACCCAACGCAACCACAUCCUCACAGUGUAUCCUAUAAGUUUGUUUUCAUUCAUCAGACACUAAAUGUGAAUAGUCCAUCGUUGGCAGAAAGUAAGAAAAGAUAUUAAUUUUUAUAUUAGUUUCACUUGAGAGAAAGCUUACGUCUCUAUAGUGGACUGCUUUUGUAUCAUGGAAAAAAAUAAAGUUUAGCAAUCCUGCAAUCAGGCUGUUUGAAGCAUGAACCAAUAAAAUGGUUAUAAGAUAAGUUCAAUGUAUGUUGGAUAGUUAAUAUUAGAUUGCUAUCUCAACAGCUAGUGUGAAUCGUAUUCUAGGCCGUAUGUAGCUAAACUGAUAGGGAAUUGUUCGCUGAAUUGGAUUGCGUGGUUACAAACCGAGGAUUCUAGAACAGGUUCAAUUUCAGUUUAGUUGCGUAUGGCCAAAGCGAUUCGAUUAUGUGUACAGGAAACUGGAAACAGGAAUGGGUUAACUAAAAGCUCUGGAAGCACUGAAGAUGUAUUAUUAUGCAACUUUGAUUAGAAAAGAUGUGAGAAUAAAUUACUAUUGAGAAAUUUC